AAUCACAAGUGACACAACAUGCCUUACUGGGGCAUGAUAGUAUCAUCACUCAGCUAUAAUUAAGAUCUCACUAGUUCAUUAGUUCCUUACCACUGAAGUUGAAAAAUACUUUCGCCUGUCAAACACAAGUAUUUUUAUGUUCUAGAUGAUCAAUUGUUACAUGACAUAUUAUUGCAAAUAACAUUGAUUAAUUAAUUAAUUGAUACGGCUUCUGAUGUAAAAGUUAACACCUGUGUGACCUUAUCAAACAUCUUUCCUACUGGGUCUGGGAGUCCCUCCCCUCGCACAAAUGUCUCUUCACCCUUUACCCCUGCUUCUCUACACCCACACAACCACCUUCAUCAUCCUUCGUGGUUAUGUUUCGACCAAUAAGUUCUCUCUAAUCGACCCCAGAAUCCCACCUUUGGUGGUCGUGGCGACUCUAUCGGUCUCUUUGCUGCUGUGCAGCGUCAGUUCAGCGCCUAGAGGAGACCUGCUGCUCCAGCUGUUACAAUCUGAAGUGGAACCCAAGGAGAAUGAGCUUCAGGAUCUCUCUCGUUUGCUCCUUCUGAAGCAACUUUUUGAGUCGAUGGCACCUGAGGAGAAAGAUGCUCUUGGAAGCAUUGAUGAUGUUGAUGUUCACAAUGAAGUGGUUCGCCAGAUUCCCCUCUCCCAACGAGAACGGAAAGUAGGAUGCCGGAAUUUCUACUGGAAAACCUUCACCUCAUGUUAGUCAAAUUGCUUGGUAAACAAAAACCUCAACUGAAACCCUACAUUGUCAUAAUUGUGUAGGCGUCAAUAUUAGUUGAUGUUUUAGAGGAUUUCUGGUCAUGUGCAUUUUUGCCUUAUGCCUGUAUCAUGGAUUGUAAAAACAAAACUAUAAUGUCUUCGGUUUCUCCUUCUCUUUAUGAUACCAUCUGUAUUUAGCAAAAAUGUUCUUAUUAAAAUUCAGCAGCACGCAUAUUGUUAAAUAACAACUGUUUAUACUAUUCCAGUACAGAGAGUUAAAUUCUUUUUGUCUAGUGUUUAAUGGACUUGUACACACUGUAUGGUAUUAAAUAUUUGUGUUCUGGUACUAUCAAGCUUGAUAGCAAGUGAUUAUAUGAUUUCAGUUUAAAUUAAAUUGAAAAAAUCUUGAUAUAGAUGUGUUGUGUUGACCUUGCAACAGUGUCAUUGGAUUUGCUAGUCCUCUGUAAUAAAGUGUGAUCAGGGAAACUGUA